AUGGCAGAAUCCGAGAGCCUACCGGGCUCCCCCGGCGGUGCGACAACACCGUUGCAGCCCCUGACACCAGACCGCGUCAACCAACAGCGCGACUCAUAUUUCUCCUCGCCCCGUGGAUCGCCAACCCGCGGAGACCACCAUCGCGACAGCAGCAUACACGAUAAGAUCCAGCAGUUCAACAACAUGGCCAAGGUCGGCCCCCACACCGCCGCCUCCAUGACCAAGCAGCUCGAGCGCAAGACGGCAGACGCCGCCCUCAAGCGCGCCAUGCUCGGUCGCGAGGAGGCUGAGAGCGAGAUGCGCCGAUUCAGAGAAGAGACAAGGCUACUGCGCAAGCAGGUCGACGAGGGCAAGGAGAGGGAGAGGAGAGUAGGCGAGCGACUCGAGACCGUCAUGGAGAACUAUGGACGAGCAAAGGAGACAUAUGCGCACACACAAGCCCUGUGGGAAAAGGAGAUCCGUCGCGCCCGAAAAGAGACCUUCAAAUCACAAUCGUCCAUCGUCAAAUUACAGGAAGAGCUCAAAGCCGCAAAGGUUGCCACAAGGUCCACAGAGGAAGUCCUCGAGCGCGAAAAGGAGAGAAGCCAGGCCAGAGAACAAGAGGCCUUCACGUCACGCUAUCAAUUAGUCGGCGUUCAAGAACAACUCGAGCAGGCACUGGAGCGCGUCAAGGUCAUCGAGCAAGAGCGCGACGCCUACAAAACCCUCGCACAGAACGAAGAGGUCGCACGAAUAGCUGCCGAGGGCCGCCUGCCUCUGCCCAGUUCCGAAGAAAGCGACGACGAAUUUGCGUCGCCAAAGAAAACGAACCCACGCCUAUCUCUUACCACCGCCGAUAUUGUCUCCUCCGCCGCUAGUGAGGAAGAGAUCGAGGAGCUGACUCGCCUCUGGCAGUGGGAAAGGCAAAGGGCCAACCGCACACAAGAGCACCUGGAGUUUGUGGAAGCCGAGUCUUCUCUGAAGACGUGCACGUGUGCCAAGCGCUCGAGGCGUAGCCUCUUGGGAUCAGCUCGCAAGCCCCGCCCGGAGCCGGUGGCCAUUGUCGACCCAGCAGAUCUGGCCAUCUUAGGUCAGAAGCCCGAGUCGCCUGUAGAGCAGCUGGGCGCAGCCGAGAAGAUAGUCAUGCACCAUCUCGCCCCUGCAGCAGCCACUGACGAUGAGAUGGAGGUUGACCAAGCUGAGGAGGACAGACCGGCAAAGAGGCCACGACACAGUCUAGUGUACCAACCCACUGAAGGCACGUUCCGUACACUGUCACAGAUGGAGGUCGACGCAAUGGAAACAACUGAGGAGCCCGUCCCAACAGAGCCUUCCACACCUAUAGAACCAGUGCCCGAGCAGCCUCGCUAUGCCCGUACGCCUUCAGCCGAACCGCCGACUUUCGCCAUGAUGCGCCAAGAACGCACGUCGCUCAUGUCGCUUCUAAAUGCACCGCGAGAGGAUGAGUCUGAGAAGCCUGUUCUCAACAUACCAACUACGCCAGGAAGCGAUCCUGCCGAGGGUGAAUCCGAGGAGUCAGAAGAGUCCGACACCGAGGUACCAGCCUCUACCGAGCGAGAAGAGGCCGAGCAGGCUAACAGGCCGCACACAUCUGCUGCCUGUUACGCCGUCACAACGACUACUACUUCAGUCCCCCUACGUAAGGACGAGGACGUCGAUCCGCGUGAAUAUGCGACGGCGGGAAGGCGAACUCAAAAUCGGAAUCCGUCGUUCGACCCCAACAACCCUGCUUUGACACCUACUAUGACACGUGAGCAAGCAUUGGCCCAGAUCAGAGAACGUCGAGGUAGAGCAAGGAGUGCUGCUCAAGGAGCAGCAACGCCGCGAAAGCAGAUGGUCACUGGAAGCGGCGAACGUAGGGAUGUCAGCGCGCCGGCUGGCAGAGCAGCAAGAGGCAGAAGUUGA